UAUCCAUCCACCAGAAACCAAGUGCUCAUUGUGGAUGGAUUGCGGUGAACUGGACUGUAUAAAGCAGGGUACCAGCCAGGCUGUUGUCUGUGAGGGGUGGGGUCCGGCUACACUGAUACCACCAAACGUAAGCUCACAGAGGGUCACAGAGAGGAAGAACAGGAGAGGAAAAAAGGAGAGAGAAGAGGGGGGAGGAUUACCUGAGGAUAACUAUAAUACGGGAUGAAAGGAGACACCCCAGUGAACAGCGCCAUGAGUGUCGGCCAAGCCAGGAAGCUGGUGGAGCAACUGAAGAUAGAGGCGAGUUUUUGCAGGAUAAAGGUGUCAAAGGCAGCGGCCGACCUGAUGGCGUACUGCGACACGCACUCCUGUGACGACCCACUCAUCAGCCCCGUGCCCACCUCAGAGAACCCGUUCAGGGAGAAGAAGUUCUUCUGCGCUCUUCUUUGAGACCAAUCAGGGAUUGUUGUGAUUGAUAGUACACUGUACAGUAUGUACAUGUAUGUACAGUGUGUACAUGUACUUCGGAUCUGAAUAAGACAUCAAUGUACAAUAGUAACCUGCAUAAAAGCUGCCGAUGUACAGUACACAUUAUCAACUACAAAGUGUCUCGAACUAAAUUCUUUACCUGCAGAUUUGUCUUGAUGUUGAGGGAAAAGAAAUAAAUCAGUCAGAUAUCAUUAGGAAAAAUAA